CCGCAUGCCUCGCGCCGCGCCCGGCGCGCCACGUGUUCCCUCCGCUCUCCGCCCGCGCUCGCCGCUGGCUCGGCGCUAGUGUAGGUGCUCGAUUCACAAGUUCCUGCCGAAAUAGAAUUUACGAGCGCCGCUGGCGACGCCGCCCGCCUGCACCGGCACCGCCGCGCUCGCGUGCACCCUCCGCGCGCCGGCACGGUUGCACGGACCGUUCUGUAGGGUCGGGCUCCGGUCGCAGAUGGCGGCGGCGGGCGGCCGGUGAGCGUCCCGGCAGGCGGCCCCGGCGCGCUGGAGGCGCUGCGGCGGCACUCGCGGCAGAUCGCCGCGCGCCGCGCCCGCCGCGUGCAGUUCACGGAGCGGGCGCGGGAUGGCGCACGCGGCGGCGACGGCGCCGGUGAGUGUUGCGCGGUGGCCGCAUCGCCGCUAAAUAUAUCCCCGUCCGCAUUGCGACGGCGCGAGUGCGCGAGGUGAGCUCCCGGCGGCGGCUGCGCUCGCGCCGGGGCGCGGCCGCCGGUGACCGUGUGUGUUGUGCAGAGAGCGGCGGCUCCGAGAUGUCCGGCGGCAGCGGCGGCGGCGGCGGCGGCAGCAGCGGCGGCAGCGACGCGCGCCGCCCUUCCACAUGCCGCGUGGAGAUGGGCAACCUGCUGGCGCCCGAGCCGCGUCCGCUCGACAACAAAGUCAAGCGGCACAGCAUCCACGGGAUGACAGAGGAGGAGAACGUGGUGCGGCCGCACCAGGAGAUGGCCGUGCUGUCCCUGGAGGAGAAGAAGUACCUGCUGGGCGUGGAGCGCGGCGACGUGGCGGGCACGCGGCGCGUGCUGCAGCGCGCGCGCGACACGUGCCACAUCAACGUGGACUGCGUGGACCCGCUGGGCCGCAGCGCGCUGCUCAUGGCCAUCGACAACGAGAACCUCGAGAUGGUGGAGCUGCUGCUGGAGUUCGGCGUGGAGACGCGCGACGCGCUGCUGCACGCCAUCUCCGAGGAGUUCGUCGAGGCCGUCGAGGCGCUGCUCGACCACGAGGAGCGCUCGCGCAAGCCGGGCGAGCUGCACAGCUGGGAGGCGCUGCCGCCGGAGACGGCCACGUUCACGGCGGACAUCACGCCGCUGAUCCUGGCGGCGCACCGCGACAGCUACGAGAUCAUCAAGCUGCUGCUGGACCGCGGCGCCGCGCUGCCCGUGCCGCACGACGUGCGCUGCGGCUGCGACGAGUGCGUGCGCUCGCGCUGCGAGGACUCGCUGCGCCACUCGCGCUCCAGGAUCAACGCCUACAGGGCUCUGGCCUCACCGUCGCUGAUCGCGCUGUCUUCGAAGGACCCCAUACUGACCGCGUUCGAGCUGUCCUGGGAGCUGCGGCGGCUGUCCGCGCUCGAGCACGAGUUCAAGACUGAGUACCAGGAGCUGCGCGCGCAGUGCCAGGAGUUCGCGACGGCGCUGCUGGACCACACGCGCACGUCGCACGAGCUGCAGGUGCUGCUGAACCACGAGACGGGCGCGCCGCAGGCGCCGCUGCCCGAGCCCGGCGCGCCCGAGCGCAUGCGCCUGUCGCGGCUCAAGCUGGCCAUCAAGCUGCGCCAAAAGAAGUUCGUGGCGCACCCGAACGUGCAGCAGCUGCUGGCGUCCAUCUGGUACGAGAGCGUGCCGGGCUUCCGGCGCAAGAACAUGCUGCUGCAGGCGGCCGAGAUGGUGCGCAUCGGCGCCAUGUUCCCGCUGUACGCGCUGGCCUACGUGGCCGCGCCGCACUCCGCCGCCGGCCGCACGCUGCGCAAGCCCUUCAUCAAGUUCCUCUGCCACUCGGCCAGCUACUUCAUGUUCCUGUUUCUCCUAAUACUAGCAUCGCAACGAAUAGAAACGGCAGCGGGGGGCCUUCUGUGGGGCAGCCCACACGCGGAGCCCUUGUCGCGACGAGGAGCGGCGCCCUCCUUGGUCGAAUGGCUCAUCCUCGCCUGGGUCAGUGGUUUGAUUUGGAGCGAGGUGAAACAGCUCUGGGACAUGGGGCUGCGGGAAUAUGUGCACGACAUGUGGAACGUUAUAGACUUCGUUACGAAUUCUUUGUACGUGGCCACGGUUGCGUUGCGAAUAGUUUCACAUUUUCAGGUUCGUCGAGAAAUGGCGCAAGGAUUGCAAUGGAACCAACCUCGAGAGAAAUGGGAUGCGUGGGACCCUAUGCUGCUAUCGGAGGGUCUGUUCUCGGCAGCGAACAUCUUCAGCAGCUUGAAACUAGUUUACAUCUUCAGCGUGAACCCACACCUCGGACCUCUGCAAGUUUCUUUGAGCCGGAUGGUGCUAGAUAUUUUGAAAUUCUUCGUAUUAGACAUCUUAGUCAUAUUUGCCUUCUCCUGUGGUCUGAAUCAACUAUUGUGGUAUUACGCUGACAUGGAAAAGAAGCGAUGUACAAUCGGAACCAAUAUUCCGGCAGCAAAUGGAACACUACCUGAUCCUGAUGCCUGUAUCGUUUGGAGACGAUUUGCAAAUUUAUUUGAGACCAUGCAGACCCUCUUUUGGGCAGCAUUCGGGCUGGUGGACCUCGACUCGUUCGAGCUGGACGGCAUCAAGAUCUUCACGCGCUUUUGGGGCAUGCUCAUGUUCGGCACCUACGCCGUCAUCAACGUCAUCGUCCUACUGAAUCUGCUUAUCGCCAUGAUGAAUCAUUCGUAUCAACUUAUAUCUGUAAGUUCACACUUCACAAAUAUCUCCGUCUCUUGGGACCAUGUAGGUAGAGUAUUCACAGUGAUGCAAGUCACGUAGUAUUUAUUUCCGAUCCGUGAU